GCCGGAAAGCAGCUGCCCGCGGCGCGCUCUGGCGUGAAGGGCCGGUACGUGAGGGGGAGGCCUGGCCCGCGGACCCGGCUACCAGCUCGGGCAGGUCUUACAGCCCAGCUUUGUGCUCAGCUCUCUGCUGGCUCCAGGAGGGGUCCUCACUCGCUGACCACACUGACCUCAGGACCAAGGGAACAAAACACAGCAGGGGCAAUCCAUCCGGUCCACGGAGAAGUGCUAAACCCCAAAGGGUCCCAGCUGCAGGGCAGCCAUGAGCCUGGUGGCCUGUGAGUGCCUGCCCAGCCCCGGCCUGGAGCCUGAGCCUUGCUCACGAGCACGGUCCCAGGCUCACGUGUACCUGGAGCAGAUUCGCAACAGGGUGGCUCUGGGAGUGCCUGACAUGACAAAAGGUGACUAUCUGGUGGAUGCGGCCACGCAGAUCCGGCUGGCCCUGGAGCGUGAUGUUAGUGAGGACUAUGAGGCGGCCUUCAACCACUAUCAGAAUGGCGUGGACGUGCUGCUCUGUGGCAUACACGUUGACCCCAACAAGGAGCAACGUGAGGCUGUGAAGCUGAAAAUUACCAAAUACCUGCGGCGGGCAGAGGAGAUCUUCAACUGCCACCUGCAGCAGCCGCUGAGCAGUGGAGCCAGCCCCAGCACGGGUUUCAGCAGCCUGAGGCUCCGGCCCAUUCGCACGCUGAACUCUGCCGUGGAGCAGCUGAGGGGCUGCAGGGUGGUCGGGGUCAUCGAGAAGGUGCAGCUGGUCCAGGACCCGGCAACCGGAGGGACCUUCGUGGUGAAGAGCCUACCCAGGUGCCACAUGGUGAGCAGGGAGCGGCUGACCAUCAUCCCACAUGGAGUGCCCUACAUGACGAAGCUGCUCAGGUACUUCGUGAGCGAGGACUCCAUCUUCCUGCACCUAGAGCAUGUGCAAGGAGGCACUCUCUGGUCCCACCUGCUCUCCCAGGCGCACCCCCGACAUUCUGGGCUCAGCUCUGGCUCUACCCAGGAGAGGAUGAAGGCUCAGCUCAACCCCCACCUCAACCUCCUGACCCCAGCGAGGCUCCCCUCAGGCCAUACCCCUGGCCAGGACAGAGUCGCCCUGGAGCCUCCUAGGACUUCUCCGAGCCUUCCCCUAGCUGGGGAGGCCCCAUCCACCAGACCCCAGAGGGAGGCUGAAGGUGAACCCACAGCCAGGACCAGCACCUCUGGCUCCUCGGACCUUCCAAAGGCCCCAGGUGGCCACCUGCACCUUCAAGCUAGGCGGGCUGGCCAGAACUCAGAUGCUGGGCCCCCUCGGGGGCUCACUUGGGUUCCUGAGGGGGCCGGCCCGGUGCUAGGGGGCUGUGGCCGAGGCAUGGAUCAGAGCUGCCUGUCAGCAGAUGAGGCCGGCUGGGGCUGUGGCAGGGCCACCUGGAGUGUGAGAGAGGAGCAAGUGAAGCAGUGGGCGGCAGAGAUGCUGGUAGCGCUGGAGGCGCUGCACGAGCAGGGGGUGCUGUGCCGGGACCUCCACCCCGGGAACCUGCUCCUGGACCAGGCAGGUCACAUCCGGCUCACAUAUUUUGGCCAGUGGUCAGAAGUGGAGCCCCAGUGCUGCGGGGAGGCCGUGGACAAUCUCUACAGCGCCCCAGAGGUGGGUGGGAUUUCCGAGCUGACGGAAGCCUGUGACUGGUGGAGCUUUGGGUCUCUACUGUAUGAACUGCUGACGGGAAUGGCACUGUCCCAGAGCCACCCUUCAGGAAUCCAGGCCCACACCCAGCUCCAGCUGCCCGAGUGGCUCAGUCGCCCAGCGGCCUCUCUGCUAACUGAGCUGCUGCAGUUCGAGCCUACCCGGCGCCUGGGCAUGGGAGAAGGUGGUGUCAGCAAACUCAAGUCCCAUCCCUUUUUCAGUACCAUCCAGUGGAGCAAACUGGUGGGGUAAGAGGGCAGAGCGGGUGACGGAAGCAGCUGGCCUGGUCUGGAUCGCCUCUCUUCCUUGCCUGACACCCAACCCAGGGCUGGCCCUCUAUCAGCGGGCUUUGGGCGAGGAAUGGAGGGCACUGUCUGUCCUGCUGGGCUCCCACUGGGGCCUCAGAAUUAUGGCCACCACCCAGGAAGGGCCAGCUCCUAGAAAAGCUGGAGGUGGGGGCAGUCAAGGCUUGCCCUGCUAAGCAGCUUGAACCUUCCACCCAUCAGUCAACAGACCCGUUGAGCAUGCGGACUCACCAUGUUAAAGGUUGCCUUCUGUGGCACUGGCGCUGAGCUGUUGACCACCUGCUGCACCCUACUGUGAGGUUCUGUGACUCACUCACUGCCAUGUUGUGCCCCACUCAGGACAUCUCUGGAGACUCAUCUCAGGACACUGGUCCACUGGCUCAGUGGACCCAAACCACUGUCCUGGCUAGUCCUCUUAGUCACACAGCAAGUAGGCCUCUACCACCAGAAGCCGUUCCUGCAGCUGGGAAGGCCCAGAAGCAGGAAUGCCAUCUGUUGUGUGGGGAAGGAUGAGGCAGGGGACAGGAUGACCCCCCCGCAUUCCUGACUAUGCCCCCUAUCUUGUGAUUUCAGACUUGGGAGAGCAAAAGGGAGGGGAAGAAAAUAAGAGGAAUGGGGGGAGGAAGGAAUGCACGGCUCUGCCCCUUAGAGCAAGUCUGAAGCCAGAAUCAAGAGUCCUCCUCCCCAGUGGGCCCAUCUGUGUGGGGAAGGGGAACAGCCUGCCCCAGGGGUGCAAGAGGACAGCAAUUCAGCCUCCAGGCCAAAGCAGCUGAGACAAGGUGUGUCCAUCAGGACUCCCUCUCAGGCCUUGGCUGUUUACCAUUGUCACUGCCUACUGUGACUUCAUGCCCUUUUGGGAUAAGAAACCACAAAACGCAUGGAACAACUAUCCAUGGCUCUUAGCCAGAAAUAUCUUGCUUCUGGUCUCUGAAAAACCACUGCUUCACUGCUUCCGACCACUGCUUCACGAAGCACAAGUCACUUCUGGAACUUCUGUGCUUCAUCCACCCAAAGCUACACAUCUGACACUUUGUUGGGCCCUGAGUUUAGAAUACUGUGGGUCCCAGCUCUUACAGUCAACCUCCUUUUGAUAAAAUGGGGCAAGUAAUGCCUAUUUUGCAGGUUUACCAGAUAAAUUAAAGCUUCUAACACCAA